AUGCAUGACUUCUUCAAUGAUGGGUCCUGCUUCUCAAUCAAGAGUUACCCAAUCUUGAAAAAUUCAACUGUUGAUAAUUCAAAUCCUGCAAAAUUGAAAAAAAAAUCCUUCAAUUGUGAAAAGCAACUUUGUGAAGAUUUCAGUUUAUUAAAUGUUCAGGCUGAUGAGAAAUCCGAAUUAAACCUCAAACCAAUUAAACGUAGCCAUCAGUUUGAAAGAACAAAUGACACAACAUCACAACAAAGUUUAGAUUUAAACUCAACUAAUCUUCCACCAAACUCUACAACUGUUGAAAGGAAACCUCAGAGUUGCACAAAUAAGAAGAAUGCAUGGACAAUUUACGCUGGCUACAGUUGGAAAGUUUACAUUGAGGUGAAAGAUUCAAAUGUUAAUAAAAAUUUCACUACUGAGGUUAGAUCAUAUUCAGAUGUCUUAAAAUCUUCAAAUGUGAUCCAUCGUAAUCCUGCAACUAGUAUUACUGAGAAAUCCUCCAUAAGUUCAAAUGUGGGUCACAAUACUUUGUCGUCUGUUAAAAAUACUCACAAAAAGACAUCUGACAUUGAACCAAUAAGUGAAAAGCUGUGGGCUCUUACUGUUGGCUCACAGCCGAUAAGCAUUUUUUUCAAAUGUUGUUCUAGCCUGAAACUAUUUCUUAGGUUCACAUUCAUACAGGCAAUUGUUAUGCAUCAAAGUGUCAAUUUCCACGUUUCUUGUUACAAUUUUAUUCAUGGCUACUUAUAUUUUCUCUGGAUGAAACUCGUCCUUGUUCAGUGUAAGGGCAGAAGUUAUUAA